GUCUACUUUCAGCUGCGACUUCUCCUCCCCAUCACUUCUCCACUUCUCUCACUGCAUCCUCCCAGCAAGCAGGAGACUCCCUCACUCUCUGCAUGGGCUGCAUGUGGACAUGGUGGAAACACUGCUUUAAGAUUCAUCAUCCUGAAGGAAAAGAAGUGAACUUAGGCUGUCACUGGUGAUGCUGUGAGAAGGAAAGGAGGAAGAGGACCUUUAUCUCAGCUCUUCUGCCAGAACAAAGCACCAAAAUGCAACCUGUGUCCCUGCAAAGCCUUUCAGAGCUGGAAAGAGCCAGUUUGCAGGAGCUAGCCCUCUACCAGCUGCAAGAAAAGCUGCUUGUUGGAGAUAUCAGCCUGGCUAAAGUUGGACCUAAGGGCGGUAAAUCUAUCCGUCAGAAACUGGAGAGCUUUUCAAAGGAGAAGAAAGACUGCUCUCCUCAGACUUUUGGGAUCCCACUGUGCCAAGUCAUUGCCAAUGACCGUGCAAACAGACAACUGCAAGAAACAGUGAAGAGCAGCCGCCGGUUCUGCGUGGAGGUGGAAGAAACAGUGACAAACUUUCGGGCUCAGAUGCAGAAGAGAUCCCCGCUGGGCAGGGGCUGUUUGCUGGUACCUUACGAAGUGUUCCCUGAAGAGCCUCUUUCCCCAGAUUUUCCUGACCAUAACUCUUCCUGGAGUCAACGAAGGGGAGCCAUGUCUGUGGACUGCAUCACUGAACUGAGUGGCAACAGUUCCAAGCUGCUGGAGGCACUGCAGUUGUCACAUCCCCAUGAGCUGGAUCCCCGGAGGAACCUGGGCAAGAAAAAGAUGCUAAGCCUCAACCCCAUCAGCUGGCAGGUCCCACGGAUUGUGGACAGAUGUUGCAAACACAUUGAAACAUAUGGUCUCCAAACGGUGGGCAUCUUCCGGGUUGGGAGCUCCAAGAAAAGAGUUCAGCAGCUGAGAGAAGAGUUUGACCAUGGGCUGGAUGUCUUCUUGGAUGAGCAUCAAAGUGUUCAUGAUGUCGCUGCUCUGCUCAAAGAGUUUCUUCGUGACAUGCCAGAUUCACUGAUUCCCAGGGAACUCUACACAGCCUUCCUCAGCACAGCCUCCAUGGAGGGCCCACAACAGCUGGCUGUGCUGCAGCUGCUGCUCUUCCUGCUGCCCCCCUGCCACAGUGACACGCUGCACCGUCUCCUGCAGUUCCUUAGCAAGGUGGCACGGCAUGCUGAGAACUCCUGGGGCCCCAAUGGCCAGGAGAUCCCUGGGAAUAAAAUGACAGUUUCAAACUUGGCCACUAUCUUUGGUCCCAAUAUCCUUCAGAAAGAGAGGCCUGGAGAAAAAGAUGCUGGAGCCAUGAACUUUGAAGACAGUACAGCUAUCAUACUGGUGGUUCAAAGGCUGAUUGAGCAUUAUCAGACCUUGUUCAAGGUCUCUCCAGAAACACAGCAUGACAUCCUCAGGAGACUGUUUCAGACAGACCCUGAUGUCAUUGACUACCUCUUACGCAGGAAAUUCAAUGCUGUGCUGCGCACAGAAAGUGAGAAUUCGACAGAGGAGCAUACUCCAAUGCUGAUGUCUCAUCAGACCCUGGAAAGUAACUCACUCUCAGAGUUGUACAGCAGUAUCUCAUUCCUGAACUUGAACAUUGGCAUCUAGCCAGAAAUCAGCUCUGCCUUCCAUGGACAAAACUGGGCAACAUUUCCACUACAAAAAUACAAAAAUAUGUUCUCUAUCCUGCUUUGGAGGAGUGGAAAAUGGAAGGGUGCAUGAAUGUAUGCGAAAGUAUCUUUGCUAAAUGUAGGCAUGCAAAAUGGUUCCGGUGUAGUCAGUUCUGCAGCAGAAUGGUUUUUCAGUUACAGUUUCAUUGUCUGGUAGCUCACAGGGACAGGGCUGGGAGAGAAGCAGCUUGGGCUGAGAGCCACUGGGCAUGACUGGCCUGGAACACAAGUGAGCAGAGACUGCUAGCAGGGCAGUAAGGAUGGGAAAAUGCAGUUCAACUUCAUGCAGUCCGUACUUUGGUAUGCCACUCGCCAUGUGUUGUCCUGUCACUGCUUUGUGCAGAAAGACAUCUCAGAGCUGAAGGAAUGACCAUAACCCACCAUUACUGCAAAGAUCUGCGUGCCAUGAUCAGAAAGAAUCAUGGAUAUAUGUAUAUAUUUAAAUUUUGAUUUCAGGUUUCCAACUGCUAAUUUUAUAGAUAGAAAACACAGUAUUGACCACAAAAUAUAUAGGUAGUGUAGUACAAAAGAAAAGUAUACUCUGAACGUCUUUAUUCCUGGAAUAAUAUUCAGUAAGUAGACCAUCUAAUGUAUUUAUAAUGUAUUAUGGAUAUUGAGUGUCUUAUGAUCUUUGGCUGAUAAAUGUCUGGUUUGUUUUUUUCCUACAUCUGAGGCAUUGGAAGGCACUGCAAGUUACAUGCAAAUGUAUGUUUUUAGCUGAUGGGAUAGAAUGAAAGUUAUCAGCAAAUA